AUGCUGUAUUUAUCUACGUCACUCUUCGUAUCAGUGCUACCGCUCGUGGCAUCAGCCUUUCCGUCUUACAAAAAUAAUACCAAACCUCCGGCAUUCUUCCUUGCUGGAGAUUCUACCACGGCCGUCGGUGGAGGCUGGGGUGAUGGCCUCUUGGCAACGCUGCGCGCCCCUGCCUGGGGCGUGAACAUUGGGCAAAGUGGUGCCACGACGGUCUCGUAUGAAAACGCAGGCAACUGGACCAACAUUACAACGCAUGUUGAGGAAUAUGCCAAGAAGUUUGAUACCUAUGUGACCAUUAGCUUUGGCCACAAUGACCAGAAGUCGACCAGUGGUGUGACCUUUGAGGAAUACCAGGCCAACCUCAUCAGGUUCGCCGAGGAAGUCAAGUCUCUGGGUGGAACUCCGCUCCUCGUCUCGAGUCUAUCCCGGCGCGUGUUCACCUCGGAGCACAAUGCCACAGACAGCCUCCAUGACCAACGCCUGGCCGCCAUCUACGCAGCCAAUGUCACGAGCUCUCCGAUUAUUGAUCUCAACGGCGCCAGCCUCAACUACGUCGACACCAUUGGGGAGGACGCGGCGCACACCUACAACCUCAGCCCCGACGACAACACGCACCUCAACGCCUGGGGCCAGGUCGUGUUUGGGCGCAUGGUGUCGGAUCUCAUCAUUCAGGCGCUGCCGGGGCUGAACAAGUGGAUUAUUCCCAACGAGACCUUGAGCAACGAGAUCUGGAGUGGGAUUGCUGCUUAG